GCACAUAUUCAAUAUUUUCCCAUACGAACUAAAGAAAGGGUUUUUUUUCAUCUUCGUUGUGUUAAAAGCAAAAUUCAGAAUCAAAGCCCUAUUUUCCACCAACUGCGUAAGGAUUUUGAUCUCUCACUCCAAUUAUCCAGCUGAUUGAUCGAUAACAGUUAUGGCGGAUGCUUAUUGGAGGUACGGCGACGGUCGGCAGCAGCCAGCUGCGCUUCCCCCUCACGUGGUUAAACGACCCCGUACUGAUUCUGAUAUGCCCAGUGGACCUGAUAUGUCAGGCUACUAUGGCCGUGACGAGGAUAGGGCUGGACUGCGUGUUAUUAGAGAUACGGACACCAUGAAUGCAACAUAUGAUCGCUACCUCCGCAAUGUGCAAAUGCCGUCAUACGCCAGUGAGUCUGGACGAUCUAUGAGCAGUGGACUCGGAGGACAUCAUCAUGUUGAUGAUCCGCGUGCAUUAGGAAUUGUAAGGCCAAACCCAGCAGCAGCAGCAGCAGCUGCAAAAAACCGAUCUUUGGGAGUUGGAGGACGGCCUGAAAUUCCUCUUCCUCCUGAUGCUAGCAGCACCUUGUUUGUGGAGGGCUUGCCUGCGAAUUGCACUCGCAGGGAAGUUUCCCAUAUAUUUCGUCCAUUUGUAGGCUACAAGGAAGUAAGGCUAGUAACUAAAGAAUCAAGACAUUCUGGUGGUGAUCCCCUGGUGCUUUGCUUUGUUGAUUUUCAGAGCCCGGCUCAUGCAGCCACAGCAAUGGAUGCUAUACAAGGUUACAAUUUCGAUGAGCAUGACCGCGACUCUACACACUUAAGGCUCCAAUUUGCUCGCUUUCCUGGUGCAAGGUCAAGGGGUGGGCAUCGUGGUAAACGAGAUUGAGGUUAGACAGGCUGAGCAGCGAGGCGAGUUCAUCAGCUUGAUGAUUGGAAUGGAACUGCUGCACCAGCUUCCUCUGCCGUUUUGCAGCUGCACUCGUUCAAUCAAGAUCAAGAUUGCAUCCAAUGAAGCUUGACAAGCCGGGGCCAACUUUUUUCCCCGGGUACCAUCACUGACUGCACCUCCGAAAGGUGGAAUGAUGCAUCCGUGCUGCAAAUGCACAUGUGGACAGCGCGGAUACCUUCAGAAGGUGCACAGCAGCAGCUGACGAGAUGGUUUUGACUGGCACAGUCAGGUUGCUAGAAGAGCUGUACAUCAUUGAUCAGAGCCAAUGGUGGAUUGGGUUGCUUGGAAUUGUAGUGAAAUUAAUAUCAAGUUUCGUGAAGUGUGUGUUUUUCUUGUUUCUGGAAAUUUGUGUUUUCAUGAAGCCAUGUUGUCCUUUGUAAUGACUUCUUGGCGCCGGAAACAUAUAAUAGGUUGAUUAAAAUUCACAAAAUACUGGAAAAGAAUGAUCAGAAAUUGAAUUUUCAUUUAA